AUGUCUUUUUCAGCUGUGGACGGUGGCUACACCGAAUGGACCAUUUCUGCAUGCAGUAAAACAUGUGGACCAGGUUAUAAGACAUUUCAAAGAACCUGUACCAAUCCCCCGCCAUCUAACGGUGGAAAGAACUGCGAUGACCUGGGAACGGCUAUGAAGCUAGUUCCAUGCAAUGAACAAGAAUGUAGUAAGUUCUUUGAUCGUGCUGAUUAUUGCUACGCUAUUCGCACUUUUGAGAUCAUUGUAUAUAGUAGCUGGUGUGGACAAUCUUUUGCAUUAGCUAGCAUUUUCUCCCCGAUAGCCUGUACUAUACAGAGGUAAAUUUCCAAGGAGUCAGUUUAGGUAAUUACACCAUUAAUCUUUCAAUAUUCUUCUAAAAAUGUUGUGGUCAGAGGCUCUCCCAACUUCGCAGGAACAAAACUUAGCCUAAAACGAGCCACUCGUCCUGAGAUUGUGAUGUAUACUGGCUAAUGUACAGAGAAAAUAAGGCUUUGAUAAUGGACAUUUCACCUUCUACCCUGCAAGCAGUAGCCUGCGAACGGCAGACGCAUUUCCGGUCGUCGCUUCUCUCCCUCCUUUUCGGAGGGAGAGGAGCGAUGACCGGAAAUGCGUCUGCUGUUCGCGGGCUAUACAAGCAGAGGCCAUUAAAUUUUUUCCGUGUAAGCUGGCGUUCUAAAAUCUAGCUUCUGCUCGCAGGGUAUUUGCCUUCCCGUCUUGGAAAUAUUUUGGGCUUUUAAACCUCUUUAUUAAAUAAAUUUAUUAUUGUAUUGUAUUGCAUUGUACUUAUUUAUUUAUUUAUUUAUUUAUUUAUUCAUUUAUCUUUUUACCAUAGAUUACUGUCCUACGAGGAAAAUGGAUAUCGCUAUCCUGGCUGACACUUCCUUAAGCAUGACGCCAACACAAAGAAGGACCCUUAAUAACCUGAUUAACCAGUUAAUUGACAAAUAUCCAGUCUCUGCUGAAGGAAACCAUUAUGGUUUUAUUACGUUCAAUCGUUACGCAAAAAUCCAAAGCGACUUUGAUACGCAACCAUACUACGAUCAACAGGCUCUUAAAAACCUGAUAGAGAAAGAAGUCAAUUCAGUUCCGGGUCCGAAACAGUGGGGAACUCGUUCAGAUAUUGCUUUACACAAGGCAGCGACAAAGCUGUUCACCAGCGAUGGUGGAGACAGGCCAGAUGCAGUAAAUGUUCUUCUGGUCUUUACUGAUGGCCUACAAUUUAUAACAAGAGAGGACAAAAAAAAGUUACCCUUUAAAAGCUUUUCAAAGAGCACCAGAACACUGGAAGUAAGUAGCGUUAGCUUGGUUUUCCUUUUUAUUGUUAGUCAUUAGUUUUACACUGCAAAUCAGAGAGAUCUGUUUUAGCCCUAAAAAUGGGACUUUUUCGGUGAGUAAAAUACAGUACUAUUUUUUUAGUCUAAUUUGGCUGCCUUAAAUCAGGACCAAUACAGUUUAAUUACCUGGCCGCGCUGAUUUGGACCCAAGAACUGAAAUUGAAUGGAAUAUCCUUUUCAUUGGGCUUUUUAAUUUUGGCUUUCAUUGUGCUCAAAUGGCUCCAGGAGUAGCCUCCCAUGCAGGCGUUUUUAGGGGAGCUCGUAUUUCUUCCCUCAGACUUUGGCCUGCAGGGCUGAAUUGGGACUUUGGGGCUGAAACAGAUCAUUUUAAUUUUCAUUGUCGAAAGCCCACUCUUUUAGUAAAGGCUCGUUGUUGCUCAAGUUCAUUGUUCGGAAGAUGUAGAGAUAUUUUAGCAGAUACUUCAAAAGCGAUUGCUGUCACUUGUGGAGUCUGUGUUGGGUGACUGUCAGGUGGGUUUUAGAGAAAAGAGAUGUACAGUGGAGCAAGAAACCUCAGAAUAUUGUGCGAAAAGCAAUUAUACAAUGAUGUGAAUGCUAUGCGCGCUGUGAUUGGUCCUUGUCCAGUAUCUAUAGGAGUACAGAUACACGGAUGACGUCAUGGGAAACUUGUUUCUUUGUUUUGUUCAAUAUUGCACGCGGUUUAAUAAUAAUAACCUUUAUUGAGAUGACUUUUUCAUAUAAAAUAUGGUUUUCAAAAAGGAUCUCAUAAAAUUUAAAAAAAUACAAAAUACACACAAUUCGCAACGACAUUAAAAAUCUAAAAUAUGUAAAAACUAGUAAAAUGUACAAGAUAUUAACUGAAAUUGAUUUAAAUUACAAAUUUAAAAAGAUUACGUUUAAAAAUAUUCAGAUUCACGGAUUGUCUGAUUGCCUGGCUAAGCGAGUUAAAAUCCUUGAUGGCAUGAAAUACAGUCCGUUGUUUGCCCCAAUUCCUCUUGACACUUGGAAGUCUGAGAUUCAGCUUAGUUCUGGUAUUAUAAUCAUGUUGUUCUUGCUGUCUUAUGAAGUUCACGUCAUGCUCAACGAGUCCAUUUAAACACUUAUACACAUAAAUAUUUCUUCUCGGAAAACGCCGUUUUCUAAUGGAACCCACUUAAGAGUGGCAAGCGCAUGCGUAGCAGAUGAAUAGAGAGGUCUGUCUAAAAUUAUUUUAGCAGCCUUAUUCUGCAAGACUUGCAAACUGGUCAUUAAGGAUACAUUAUGCUUGUCUCCCCAAACAAGGUCUGCAUAAUCAAAUAAAGGCAUGACAAGACUAUUGUAAAAAAGAAGACGCGCACUAAAUGGUAAUAAAUGCUUAAUGGGAUUAAGGAGACCAAGCCUUUGAUUAAUUUUGCCAGCAAUGUAUUCAACAUGAUUUGUCCAUGUAAAAUCAGAUGAUAUAAAAAUUCCAAGGUAUUUGAAGCUGUUGACAUUAUUUACAUUGUGGUCGAAGAUUGAUACUGUUAGAGCCGUUUUGCUUUCCAGUUUCCUAUAAUUACCUACAAGCAUACGUUUGGUUUUCUCGAGAUUCAAAGUUAGCUUGUGAUCGUUUAGCUAUUUCGCUACGGCCAACAAGUCGCGAUUUAGCUUCUCACUGAGCUCCUGGGAAGAUGAGCCGUAACAGUAAAUCACGGUGUCGUCUGCAUAGAGGGCAUUCCAGAAUGCUUGGCAGAUCAUUGACAUAAAUGAAAAACAACAAGGGGCCUAAUAUGCUACCCCGAGGCACCCCGUGAGUUACUGGCUACUCGUUAGACGUCUCAUUGCCACAAGAUGUACGCUGUUUUCGGUCAGUGAAAUAUGAACGAAACCAUUAAAGCGAAUUUCCAGACAAACCAUACGCUGAUAGCUUAGACAAUAAGAUCUGAUGAUUCACCGUGUCAAAAGAUUUUGUUAGGUCCAAAAACACGGCUCCACAUAGUCUCUGUUCCAUAUUGAGAUGGACUUUGUCGGUAAAGGAUGUCAGAGCAGAUAUGGUGUACAGCCUUCCGGAAUCCAAACUGUUUUCCUGAGAGGAGUUUAUUGGCAACCAGGAACUGGUAUAACUGUGUAUGUACAGCUUUCUCGAGAAUCUUGCUGCGUGUAGGCAGAAUAGAGAUAGGUUGGUAGUUUGAUGCAUUUGUCCGGUCCCCUGACUUAAACAGGGCUCUAAUUUUAGAACAUUUCCACAAUAUAGGAAAUUUACCAGUUUUAAUUGAUAGAUUCAGUAACUUAGUAACAGAUAGUGCAAUCGUAUGAGCAGAGUUUUUGAGCAAUCUUGCACUAAUUUUGUCCAAGCCGAUCGCCUUGUUUGUCUUCAGAGCGAGGAGCUGCUGAAGCACAAACGAUUCCUCUAAUUCAGCCAACUGUAACUGCGACUUCGGCAAAAUACAGCUCGGCCAAGUAGUUGUUAUUUUAUCAGCCAAUCGCUUACCAAUAGACCCAAAAAUCUGUUCAUUGCUGAAGCAAUAGAUGUAGGUGUAGUGUGCUGAAUUCCAUCAGAAAUAAUGCACUGAACACUUCCUGAAGUAGAGUUGCGAGAACAAACUUCAUUGACCGCAUUCCAAACCUUUUUCGCAUUCCCUUUGGCAUCCUGAAACAAGUCACAGUAAUACUUCGUCUUGGCAGAUUUAACUAAGCAGUUGAUCUUGUUUCUCAGUUUUCUAUAGGUGUUCCAGUGUUGAGAGAGUUUGAUUUCCGCGCCUUUCGAUGAAUCCAGUCUCGGUUUUGAAAAUGUUUGUGAGAUUAUUUCGGAUUAAGCAAGUGAAAGCCUCGAAAAAUUUUUAGAAGGACCUAUUUACAAAGAAAAAAAUUAACAAAAGGAGUCUGUGUCAAAAAGGGCUCUUUGACAACUCAAAAAUUGGAAUGCCUAAACUACAAGAAAUCUUCCCAACCGUUACCUUUGUGUGUCCUAGCUAUGAGAGAUUCGCUGUUUUGCAAAAUGUUUUCGCCAUUAUUCUGCUUCAAGCAAGAAAAGGUGCUUGUGGAGUCUAAGAGCUUUUCUCUUCCUUCUUAAGUAGCUUUUCUGAAACCAGCUAUGCAGCUGUAAAAAUCUCUACAAUCACCCUUCAGUUACGUCUGCAAGGGUAUAAAAGGAAAUUAUAUCGCCAGUGCCGGCUCCUUUUUCCUUCUGAAUCCCAUAUAUACGUGCAGUCCCAACGUUCGGCCAACUUGUUUUGUAACACGGCAGUACAUUUGAUACCAAUGUGGUCAGCCUCUCGUCUUUCCUGGGCUGGCUUCUUGGUGGAAAAUAGUUGCACACCAAAAAGCGUCUAUACAGAAAACCUAAUUUUCGAUCCAGUUUCAUAAAGCGUAAGAUUUUGCAAUGUAGAUUCCCCUGACACUUUGAUUUGAGGCAGUGGCGUAACCGCUGUUGUCUAAUCUUUUUAAUUUUCCCUGUCCUCUUCCGUUUCCUCUUCCCAAAAACUUGUAAUCAGAUUCUACACCUUGACGGUUUUCUUUGUUACCCAGGAGAAAGGUGUAAGCAUCACUGUCGUUGGAAUAUUUGGGAAAAAGUGGAAGGAUCAAGAUGUCCGACAAAAAAUGGAAAAGAUGGCAGGCAACAAAGGACAAGUGAAUAUGUUCCCGGAUUUUGAAACCCUGGCCACACAUUUUGACGAGGUGUUAGCAGUUUUAUGUCGUAAGUGUUCAGUUUUUUUGUUAAUUUUUUUUUAAUAACUGAAUUUAUGCUCACAAUGAGUGGCCCAAAGGUAUGAUUGACAGUGUUUUGCUGUGCUCGCGCUAAUCACGCAAUUGAAAUCUUGCCAAAGCAAAUCUUGCUUUUGCGAGUUAAAAAUUGUACAAGUUUACCGCUAUAUGUUCAAUCAUUUGUAACUGCGGCUGGAGCGUAAAACAAAUCUACGAACAUUGAAUCCGAUGAUAUUUAUCUGCAAAACAAGAAAUAUAUUACGCGUACGGUAGCAAAUAGUAAUUAUUUCUCUUUUAAUCAACGCUCUUUACAAAGAGUUUUGCUUCUUUUUGUGUGACGGUCAGAAACUGCGAUACAAAACUAAAUUCGUUUUUGAGAUGAUAUUAUGACCUCAGCUGGUAAUGACGGCGUUCAGGGAAAAUUCUCGAAGAUGGGGUUAUGCACUGAACCCUAGACCUCGUCUCGGGAUUGGAUGACUGUCUUUGGUUUAAACGAGCAACAUUUCAUUAAGAAAGAAAAUCUAACGAAUUUGUGUGCCCUUUUCAGCUGUGGACGGUGGCUACACCGAAUGGACGAUUUCUGCAUGCAGUAAAACAUGUGGACCAGGUUAUAAGACAUUUGAAAGAACCUGUACCAAUCCCCCGCCAACUAAUGGUGGAAAGAACUGCGAUGAACUGGGAACGGUUAUGAAGCUAGUUCCAUGCAAUGAACAAGAAUGUCGUAAGUUCUUUGAUCGUGCUGAUUAAGAGCUAGGCUAGCUGGUAACGGCCAAAACAUUUAUUUUAGGGAAUAAGUAGGACGAGACUAUUUUGCAACAACCCGUAAUUCCUUCUUUGGCCAUCUGGAUCAUCUUUCAAACAAAUUGAAGCUGCAACGCCCAGAAAAAAAAAAACAAGAGGAAGAAAAAUCCGGGAAAGAGGAUAGAAUAGAGCGAGAGAAUGAAGCGCAUGUCCAAAGCAAAGGCAGCAUAGGACUCAACAUUUGGGUAUUUUUCUACCUCGUCCCAGUCGCUGGCGAUAACAUUUUCAGUGGGGGAUAUUUGAGUUAACUGUUAAGGAAAACGAAAACGAAAGGAUUGAUGAGCUGCAUUGGGUCCACAUGUCAAAAAUCAGAAGGGUUUAAAUUACUGCCAUCUCUCUUACCCCCAAUUUACAACGCCAAAUUACAAUUGCUCCAUGAAUUAUUAUAUUUCGCUUUAUGAUGCCUUGUCUUUUUUAAGUUGUAUUAAUUUUGCGGGAAUAAUAAUGCUGAUAAUAAUACGGUAAUGUCAUCUACUUUCUGAGAAGUACGUAUCUGCAAUAAAACAAAUAUCUGUUUUUAGUAAAAUCCAACUAGUGGCGAGUCUAUCAUCAAUGCUGCGUUCUGAUUGGUUGAGCUACUACUAGACUAUAUGUUAUAGCCCACUAAUAGCGAAAAGCGCCGGAUUUUUGGCGACAAAAAGGAUUAAAGUCUUGCUUUAAGUUUUUUGGUGUCGAUAUUUUUGACAACUGGCUGAAUUUUACUAAAACAAUUAUUCCUCUCGCUCUCAUUGCCUCUGAGUCAAUAGCCCAUGAGGCCUUCGGCCUCAUGGGCUAUUGACUCAGAGCCCAUUCGGGCUCGAGAAAUAAUUGUUAAAUAUCCUGAAACUAUGACAAGAAACAGACUAAAAUUUUGAAGAAAGUCUACGCGGAGGUAUGCGGCUGUUAAGAACAUAGAAAUAUUUGGAAUGAAUAAUACAACAAUUAUUGAAUUCGGCUUUCGUAUAAUGUGAAAAACUAUGCAGACCUGCCAGGGUGUAUAACAUUCUCCUCGAUCUGCAUAAUUCUUUACAUAAUACUCGGUGAAAUAAAUAUAAUGUCAAGCUACGUCCGUUUACAGAACCAGCAUGCAGUGCCGGACUUGACAUUGGAAUCGUUCUGGAUAAAUCUAUGAGCAUCCAGAAAAAAGACAUUAAAAAAGUCAUCGAAUUCCUAAAGGGGCUGGUGAAAAAGUUUAACCCGGCUGCAGAUAAGGAUCACUUUGGUCUUAUCACGUUUAACAAGCAGGCAAACUUGGUGUUUGACUUUGCAAGUUCAGAUUACUACAAUAUGAACCAGCUCUUGAACAAGAUAAGUCGGGAACCCAAAACACGUAAAUGGGGAGCUCGCACUGACCUUGCUUUGGAAAUGGCGCGGGACAAGCUGUUUACUGUGGCCGGAGGAGACAGAUCAGACAAACCCAACGUUCUGUUAGUCCUGACUGAUGGAAGACCCUACGGUUUGCCAAAAAAUAAAAAUUUUGAAGAAUUUUCAAAAAACAUAGCUGAGGAUUUCAAGGUAAGUACCCCUCGUUCUUUCGCUUAGAGCGCCCCUCUAAUGUUACAUUUGAGGCUACAGUGGAACCUCGAUAUAACGAACCUUUAUAUAACGAAGUCCUCGGUAUAACGAACGAUUUUCUUUACCCUAGUAAUAGUAAAAUGUAUGGAAAAGAACCUCGAUAUAACGAAACCUCUUUAUAGCGAAAAAUUUUUACCAGUCCCUUGGCCCUUCAUUAUAUCGAGGUUCCAUUGUAACUUAGGAGUCUAACCUUUUCUCUCAACGAGUGAGACGAAAGGCUAAUAUAAUAAAAGUGUAGUGUCAGUAACAUGUAAGUUAGCUUUGUUUGAAGUUUCGCUAUAUCACGAAGGUAAUUAAUUGAAUUAACCUACUUUCAAGUAUUAUGUAUCAUCAGUUGUAUAAAGCACGAAUUAAAGUACUAAUUGAAGCACUUUUUUUACAAAGCAUGAUUUCGAAAUGGAGUCUGGAACGUCUAGCCACUUCCAGGGCAAUUUUUCUGUUAUGCAGUUCCUCAGUAUUUGCCCGGUUCCGAGGAUGGAAACCGAUAUGUUGUGUGGUACUCAGUUCAAUGGUCUACCCACUGAUCCAACCCUCCCACCGUUAAAAUUAAGCUUAACUGUUUAUAUUGCCCUUACUUAUAAACUAACCGACUGUUGUUGCUCAAUCCGACUAUCAUGUCUCUGAUUUAGAGGAAAGAUGUAUUCGUAAUAGCCGUUGGCUUUGGUAAAAAGAUAGACAAGGGCACUUUGCAAGCAAUAGCAGGAGAAGGGAAACCUGUGUUUCAGGCAAAGGACACAAGCCAACUCGAAGGAAUGAUUUCUACAAUCAAAUCACUUACCUGUUCUGGUAUGUUG